AAUUGCCGAAGGCCGAGAAGGCGGUGGUUUCUUGUGGGUUACGAGUUUCGAUGUUAGAGGAUAUGUCCAAAAAUGUGUUUUCUUUAAAACCAAGCUGACUUUUGAAGAUAAUAAUAAAAGUAAAAAUAUCAGCUACUGCCAGUGUUUUGUGUUUCGUAGAAACAGUUUUGCGUGAUACAGUAAGCUAUUUGGCUAAUGUGGAUUCUACGGCAGAUUGUUGUAAAUUUUAUUUUGUAUGUUUUAUAUAAAUUUUCGGAGAUACAUUUCUUAUGAGUUCAGUAGUUUAAAAAUUAAGUGGUCUCCCAGGCGCCGCUAAAUGUGAAAUAAAUACUGGAGAAGUUUGCUUGCUUGUUUUAUGGCGUGUUUAACCAUAGGUCCCCCAAUCCACAUAAUUAGAAUAUGGGGUUUUAAGCCUUGCGUGACUUUCUGUAUGUAAACGUCGAAGCAUGGCUUCUAGGUGGAGAGGAGAUUGUGAUUGGAACCCAGAAGGCCCAUCUAAUUCUCAGCAGCAAGACCCUGAUGUUCCAACGCAGCUUAACCAUUGUAAAUUUCCCACAGAUGAGCCUGCUAAUGCAACAACAUUAUGGAUAAAUCAGCUGAAGUACAUCUGGGGAUUAUGGAAAAAGAGUGAUACAAUGACACAGGUGCUGCACGAAUACUUUGCAUCUGCACCCAAUCCAUACGCAGCGACACUUCACAUAACUUUCAACUGUGAGGAUAUUCGUCAGAACAAAGCAAGUUCUCUUGCAUAUACAGUAAUGGAAGAGUUUUCAAGAUGGACAGCACAUAAAGAAAUUGAGUUGAAGCAGUGUUUAACAGUGGACCUGAAGCAUGAAGCAUUCGGCUUGGCCACUCAACAACGAAACAUUUCAUUAACCAAGAUGGUGUUUAGGAUUUAUCAUUUGAGAGAUGAUAAGGAACUCUUUGUGGAACCGAUAAGAGAAUUGAUUUCCAGACAACAAUACAAAGAAGCAUGCCAGUGCGCCACUAUUCUUGAACUCCAUCAGCACUUCACUGUGGAGGAUUUCAUCAUCCCAUUAGUGUUCCAAGACAAGCUGUCAGUUGCUGAAGAGUUUCUCUUGGAUAGCCCAGAGCACCAGUGGCUUCUAGUCUCAUUUCUGGAUGCCCUCUUGGGUAAAAGGAACAUUAGAAAUGAAGCAGACCUUAUUAUUCAAAGGCUGCAAAUACAUGAUGUGAAAGUAGAGAAGCUGUAUCAUAAGCCUCUGAGCAAACUUGUUGCUAGACUAACGAAGGCAUACACUUUGCCACCAGAAUGUUGCCCAAAUCUGAAUCAGAAACGAAACGAGGGAGCCCUCCAGUUCCUCAUCCAUAAGCGAUACAUAGAAAACAGUUUAGGUCCAGAAAGCUGGAGCGAAAUGGCACGAGAAACAGUUGGAAACAAUGGAGACUUGCAGUUAGAGCUUGUCAUAUGCGUUAAUAGUUACGGUGACCCACAUGAAGCUUUGUACUGGGCAAACACUUAUGGAAUUCCAAAACAUAAAUGGCCAUACAAUGUUCGGAUGCUUCAAGAAGAAGAUCCAGGUGUUAGCCAGCAGCAGGGAGCGGUGGCCCUGGUGUCUAGUGACUACCAAGUGGAAGAGGAAUCAUGGGACGAUGAGUUAACUCCUGUCCGGUAUCACACAUUUCCUCUGCCCCAGAGCAGCAUAAUUGUUGUGGAUACACAGGAAAGCUUUGAGCAGUUUCUUGAUUAUGUUAAAGAUGUGCCUAUGGUGGGUAUUGAUUCAGAAUGGAAACCAUACUUCGGUACUAGAAGAAAUGAGUUGGCUCUGAUACAGAUAGCCACUAGAGAACGAGUCUAUAUUCUGGACGUUUGUAACUUGGGUUCAGAAUGUCCGGAACUGUGGCAUGGGCUGGGUCUCAUCCUCUUUGCCAAUGAAACUAUCAUCAAGCUGGGGUUUGGUCUCAUCAUGGACAUGAACAUGAUGAAGCAGUCGCUGCCACACUUGGGCGGAGCUAGCUGCAGUGGGAGUGGUUGUAUGGAUCUUGUUUUACUGUGGCAAAAAUUGGCCCAGGAUCAUUCCUUCGUGUUUCCUUUUGCAGAUGAAGAUGGUGCCUCAGGUGAGAGCUUGUCUCGUCUGGUUCAGCUUUGCUUAGGACAGCGCCUUGACAAGUCUGACCAGUUCUCUAAUUGGGAAAGGAGACCAUUACGGGACAGUCAGAAACUGUAUGCGGCCCUGGAUGCGUACUGUUUGUUGGAAGUAUAUGAAGUGCUUUCGCGGUCUGCACAUGAGCAGAACAUUCCUUUCUAUGAGAUCUGCAGUGAAGUUAUGACCAGCAUAAAAUCGCCACGGAAAAUGGCAAAACAUUCCAAGAAGCACAUAAAACGAGAGUUGCAGAACACGGUGAUACAGGCGACACCAUCGCCUCAUACCGAACCAAUUCCAGCAAGCCAGCUCAGAGUAGUGUGUGAUACUAUGGUUCAGGGUCUGGGCAAGAUGCUGCGGAAGUGCGGGGUCGAUACCGUCAUCCUCAAGAAUGAAGAGGACCAUGAUGUGUGUGUGAGGAUUGCCAACCAGCAGCAUAGAGUAAUCGUGACCCGUGGACUUGUAUACAAUCGGCUGUACCAGCAUGUGCCUCAAGGUCAUUGCUACCCUGUAAUGUCGGACGUCCUGGAGGAGCAGCUGGAAGAAGUGCUCAAGUACUUCAAUGUGUUUGUUACCAAGCAAGAUGUCUUCAGCAGGUGUCAGGUGUGCAAUGGUGGUGAUUUUGUUGUGGUGACACAAGAGGUGAUGCGUCAGUUAGCUCAGUCCUCUCAGCAGAUGGCCCAGAUGCAUGCUGGAGAUGAUUAUUCAAAAUGGGAAGAAGCAGAGGGCUUCUCGAGUGAAAGUGAUGCCUACUCAGAAGAGGGCACGGCACCACCAUGUGUGCUGCAGUAUCGGAGCAUUCCUAGUGGCGUGAUAGUAGAACUCUGUCAGACAAGGAAAGGAGUUACGAUUCAUGCGGACGCUGUUCCCACGGGGGUCCUAGAACAAGUGCAGAAGUUUUACAUCUGUGAAAAUUGUGGUAAAUGUUAUUGGGAUGGGUCUCAUUUUGAAAGGCUCAUAGGUGGAAGGCUUCAGAACAUUGUGACCCAGUAAUCCCAGAACUGAGAGAAGUUUUUUCGCUGAAUGUGUUGCCAUUUUUAUAAUUAGCUGUAUGUUUCUUUUUUAAAGUAUAAAACAGAAUGACUAGAUACAGGCAAGGCACUUACCACUAAAUUCCUGAUAGGUACAGGUAUGUUAAAAUUUAUCUUUUGCCACAUCCAGAAUGGCUUUCCGAAUCCAUCUUGCCUCGUAAGUAAUGAUUUUAGGGGCUACUUUCCAUCUCACAUAAAGGUCACUGUAUGUUUUGAGAAUAACAAAAAACACAUAAGCACACUGUGGGUAAAGUGCAGAAUUUUUAAGAUAGAAGUGGUUGGCGCAUGUAAUAAUUACAACCGUUCCUUCCUGUUUGCUCCAGCACCAUAAGAAUACAGCUACUUCUCAUGAAACUUGUCUGUUCACUGUUUAUGCUAUUUGUAUCAUUUCAUAUUCUUCCUUAUAUACCCUCUGCUGAAUGAUACGAACUCGAGUUAGUAUGAUUUUUGUAAGUUUCAGCCUGUUUUUGUGGAUUUGACAAGAGUUUCAUGUCACACAGAAGAGAAAUAAUAUGUUUUAACUCUUCUUCUUCCAGGUUUCAAAGUCUGUAUGUAUGUACAUGUGCCAGGCAAGUCUACAAAUUAUAUAAAACCAUUACUGCAGCUAAACAUAUGGUCUCUUGUAUUUCAACGCUGUUGGCUUCAUUGCUCCCAUAUGUUUGCAGUUGUAUGUAGCGUAUUACAGUGGCAAUCCUGAAGCAUCAGAGUAAUGAACACAAGUAGCUGCAUUCAGUAUUUUGCUUACUAUCAGUCAGAGUUGGCACAAUUCGGAGUGAAUAAGCUAUUUGCAUAUUUACGAUCAUGAUAUAAAAACUGCUCACGGGAAUCCAGAGUCGUCUUAUCUAAUUAAUUCUGGUGCAUAUAUGACCAAGGGAAAUGUAUGUGUUAUGUGUACAUCUAAGAAGAGCAAAGGAUGGCAUAAAACCCCUGAUCUCAUAGCGGACAUUAAAAGAAGACAACCGACUGUUUGUAAUGUGGUUAGAAUGGGUCAGACAAUGGUUGCAGAGAAGUUUGCUGAAAGUAGGGCAGAUGGUAGAAGUAAAAUGAAAUAGCACAGACUGAGAUGGCUAGAAGAUGCAGAAUAUGAUUUAUGAGAGCUGAAAGUGAAUAGAUGGAGCCAGAUGCAAAUGAUCGAGAAUGGGUGUCUGCCGUAAAGGAGGCCAAGGUUCCUU